ACUGCAGAAUGCAGUACUUUCAAAUAUGUACACAAUUUGUUGAUAUUUCGAACUAUUUACUCGUUUCCUUUCCCAAAUAAGAAUUGAAAAUUUGUUACUUAACAAUAUCUCCUUUCUGUAAUGUAACUCAUUUGUCUCUGUUUAUAGUUCAUAGAUUCGGAUACCUAUUACACUGUGCACAGAAAGUUGUUGGAUUUGGAGCCACAGUUAUUGGGACCAAGGCCUAAAGCUCCUAACUUUGUUUAAUUUUCUGGAAGAUUACACUGUUUUCAGUCACUUUGGUUUUCUGCUGUUGCCGAUCCAUAUGGGUUCGUGCCAGGAACUGUGUCUGGGUUCCAUACUCCUAUGUUCAGGUUUCUGAGUUUUCUGUAAUGUGGAAGAGAGAAGAAAAAGGAAUAUUUCAUGCAUGAAAGUUGAAUUGAACUUCUUUGAUCAAUGAAGAUGCUGCAGGUUUUUUAGCAGGAAAUAGUUGCCACUUGCCAGAGGUGUUGUUGAUGGCAUUUUGAUCAAUGAAAGUUUAUAUUAUUAGUGUUUUUCUCAGAUAUGAGUCGGUCUCCUUCCUUUAAAGUUGAAACAGAAGUAAGUCCCAGUCUUGAUCCGGAGUCUUUACAGAGAUGGAUUGUUGCCAUUUGUGCUAUAAGGUUUGAUCUCGAACAAGGGCAGCUUGUAGAAGUGUGUUAUCCACCAGGCUGUCUUACACAUGAAGAGGAGCUUGAAAUUGCUUAUAGUUCAUUUCCAGAUUCUGUUUCCCGUCAACAAAACCGCUCUAGCAUUCAUGAUUGUAUCUUCUUUUUCCGAUUUCGUAGGCACCUUAAAUCUCAAACCAGCAAUGCCACUCAUUCUGAGAUAAAUGAAGUUGACCAGAAGUUUUCUCCAAAGUCCAUAGACAAAAACAAUGUGAGUAAAAUAUUAUCCAGUACAAGAAGUGAUAAUGUUUCUAAAUACAUGUAUGGCUUUGUCUUUAAUAGACAAAGACAUGAUGAGAGGCUAAAGCGUGGAGGGGAACAGAAGUCUGUGGUCAUGUUGUCCCACAGUCCUUAUUCUAGUGUGUUCAGACCUUUAUUACAAAUUGCAGGUCCCUUAUAUUUUGACAUUGGUAAGAUAGCACUGGAGCAUAUUGCUGCUUAUGUUUCAACAUGGCCCGCUCCUGUUCCUGGUAAGGUAAUGGAUCUUCCUAUUGGGAAUGCAAUACUUAAGGUGAACUUGCCACCUGCGCACAGCUUGCUCAUGGAAAACGGAAUAUCUUUUGAUGAAUCUGCUUCUCCUGUGGCUCCUUUUCUUCCUAAUAAUCAGUUUAUCCCGCAGGGCCUUUUUCAUGAUUCAGAUCUUUUUGGCACCUUCCGUGGACUUUUAUUGCAGCUUUGGUUGUUAUGGGAGUUGUUACUCAUUGGUGAACCCAUUCUUAUCAUUGCACCCACCCCUCCCCAGUGUUGUGAGGCUGUUGCCAGCCUUGUGAGUUUGGUUGCACCAUUACUUUGCAGUGUUGACUUUCGGCCUUAUUUUACUAUCCAUGAUCCUGAGUUUGCACAUUUGAACUCAAUUCGGGAAGGGGAAACCUUCCCUCCAAUGGUUUUAGGGGUGACAAAUCUUUUCUUCCUUAAGGCUCUACGUAACAUCCCUCACAUUGUCUCAGUUGGAAGCCCCCCUCCUAGUUCAAACAAGGUUUCCCUUUCGACCAGGUCUUCUACUGGUAGAGUUUCUAGUAGACCUGAAGGUCUUGGGCUUCAACAACUUUCCCUACAGAAAUUUUCUCCUUCAAGUUUAUGGAGUGCAAUUAAGCUACGGAGAGAUGGCCCUCUUUGUCUGAUGACAGAACAUAGGGAAGCCAUUUGGACUACAUAUUCUGCCACAACUAAGCCUGACACCUCUAUUUUAAAUAGGCUUUUAGAUGCCGGAGUGUCACCAAUAGUUGAGGAGUCAAUGUCAGUUGUCAACAAUGAGAUAUUACGGCGGCAUUUUUUAGAGCUAACAACUAAUUUUUUGGCUCCAUUUGGUCCAUAUUUUAGGACUACAACACCAUCGGAAGGAUCUUCUCCCUAUGUAGAUCCUCCUUCUUUACCUCCAUUUAAUGCUGAUGAAUUUCUUGCAAGUUUAUCAGCCAGAGGUCCUGGGAAGUUCAUUUUGAAGCGAAUGAAGUCUAAUUGGCUUGACUUCUACAGGCGGUUCCUGAAUGGACCCAACUUCAUGCCUUGGUUUCAGAGGAGGCGUGCUGUAGCUGAACAGAAACAAGAAAGAUUGUGGAGGCAUGCAAGAAUAAAAACUGAUAUUCGAUGGCUUAUGUCUAAAAUGUCUGAGUUGGAAAUUGUGGAUUCCUUCAAUGUUAUAGAGAGACUUCUACUUAGAGAACUGCAGCAACCUGGAAAUGGUGGCGUCAAUUCUACAGCAAUGCGUCAGAAACUAACAGGAGAUCUUCAGGCAGUUUUCAAUGCGCUUUCAAAAGACAUGCAACAACUCAUGCUUUCAAAUCCACAAAGGGCAUCCCUUCUGCAAGGUAGCGAAGAAUUGACAAAACAUCCAGGACAUCCACGUAUACUAGCCAGGGACUUGUCUUCUACAUCACCCCUUUAAUGGUAAAAGCAUGAAAUAGGUGAUCUUGGUUAUAUGUGAUCUUCGUAUGGUGCUGAAGGGGACACCCUUCCUUUGCCUCCAUCUGAUUGAGCGUAGUUCUUUGAUUUGUGACAAGUCAUGGGUUAAGACUCAUUUUUGCAGACAAACCAUUUUCCUUUGUAUGUCAUGCAAUUCAUUUCAAUAGAAAGAUUUGCUGAUUGCAUAUUUUUCUUCAAAUAAACAGCUGUGUGUUGAUGAUUAAUCCUCAUCAAGAAGUAGACAUGGAAUGACUUGUCUCUUGAGAUACAUACAUACAUGGAAAUUUGAUUUUUUGUAAACUUGCCAGGUUGUUAAUGUGCCUUUCUCAAUGGUAACUAUGGCUUCAUAUUGUCUCUAUUAUGAAGGACCAAGCUGUAAAUUAUUAAUACACUUUGUUUUAGCUUUUGGUAAUGGUCUCUAUUCCAUGUUUUCU